ACACUCGGAAGCCAUGAUAGUGGACGUUUGUGACUUGACAGCGGUCGACCGGCCGAAGUCAUCGGGACUGUGAGGAAAGACUUUGCCGCCGCUGCUGCCAGCUUCCCUCCCGUCCGGUUAAAAAAAAAAAUAAAGAAACAAGCUACCACACUCGUUUCUCGCGGAUUUACCGGAUUUUAACGGUUGUGGAUUCAGUCGUUACUUUCUUCUUCUCAGCGGUGUUCGCGUUACCCCGCGGCUGGCGGUUAGCAUCGGUUAACGUUACUCCUGCUAAACAUGGUGGCCUGUAGGCGAGGAGGAGAAACGAGCCCGGUUUGGGGGGAUUUUAGAGGAUUUUUAAAGCCACUUGGACGGUUCUUACUGUGAAACACUGGACGCAUUACCGCCCUCGUUUUUUUGUUUUUAUUCGGAGGUUUGUGGACUUCGACGUGUGGCUGCCUUUUCUGUUUACGUUCAAACACUAGCCGCGGCGGACCAGCACCAUCCGUGUUUCGUGGACCGUGGAUAAUUGCAACGUUACUUGUGCCUAAAAAGUUGUCCCCAGGCCGCAUCAAAAAGUUUCCCAGCCGAUGUGAGAAAGUUGUAAAAGAUGCGCUCACGUCUGGAAGAACGCGUCAAAUAGCAACACGGUUUUUGUUUUACCACCGGUGUGUUUAUGUCACGGAUGACUUGACCCUCACAUAGAAAUGAAAUUUGUGCACAAAGAAAAGCGAUGGUGCACCUUCGUUAUGAUUUUGAGUAGAGAGGAGUUAAUUACAUGGAGACUCGCCUGACAUGCCAAGGAAGGAGUUGCCACUACCUGAGGGCUGGGAGGAAGCCAGAGACUUUGAUGGCAAAGUCUAUUACAUUGAUCACAUUAACCAGUGCACCAGCUGGAUCGACCCCAGAGACAGGCAGACGAAGCCUCUGACGUUUGCAGACUGCAUCGGGGAUGAGCUGCCAGUUGGGUGGGAGGAGGCGUACGACCCCAUCGUCGGCGCGUACUAUGUCGACCACAACACCAAGAGCACCCAGCUGGAGGACCCGCGAGCCCAGUGGCAGCGGGAGCAGGAGACCAUGCUGCGGGAUUACCUGGCCGUGGCCCACGAUGCACUCAGUGCCCAGAAGGAGAUCUACCAGGUGAAGGAGCAGAGGCUCCGCCUGGCACAGCAGGAGUACCGGCAGCUUAAUGACACGUGGAGGGACAAGUCGACGUCACAGACCAGCUUGAAUUCCAGAUCGUCCUCGUCCAGCAAAUAUGACCCAGACAUCCUCAAAGCAGAAAUAGCCACAGCCAAAAGUCGGGUGAACAAGCUGAAGCGGGACCUGGCCUGUAUGAAGCAGGAGCUGCUGUACAAAGAACAAGGCUUCGAGACCCUCAGAGAGAUUGACCAGAAGGUGUCCAACAGCCCGUAUGGCUACAAGCUGCAGGAGGCACAGGCUAUUCUCAGCGAGGUCCGCUCCAUCCGGGACGCCAUCAGCUCUGGGGAGAAGGAGAAACAGGAACUCUUGCAGAAACUGGCGGUGUUGAAGGACGCUUUCCAGCUGGACUCGGGCUCCCAGCAGGAGCUGUGGGGCAGCAGUCCCUCGCUCGCCAACUCGGAGCUGUCCAUCCCUCGGCUCUACUCCGACGCCGGCUCCCAGACUGACAUCCCGGUUGAGUUCAUGACCAGCACAAACAAACUGGCAGAGAAGGUUCGUCUGAGUCUGAAGUACGAGGAGGCCAAGAGAAGAAUCGCCACCAUUGAGGUUCAGAUCGCCAAGCUAGACAGCGAGGCGUGGCCGGGGCUGCUGGACCCGGAGCGAGACCGCCUCAUCCUCAUUAACGAGAAGGAGGAGCUGCUGAAGGAGCUGCAGUACGUGAGUCCCCGUCAACGCUUGGAGCCCAACGACGCUGAGAAGCUGGAUGCUGAGAAGAAACGCCUGGAGAGAGACCUGCAGGCCGCCAGAGACAACCAGAGCAAGGCUCUGACUGAGAGGCUGCGACUUCACUGCAAGAGGAACAAGCUGGUCAGAGAGCUGGAGGAGAUGGUUCGACUGGCCACAUCACUACAUACUCAACUCAAAAGCCUGUCGGCCAGCACUCUGUCCUGUUCGUCCGGCAGCAGUCGAGGCUCUCUAACGUCCAGUCGCGGUUCCCUGGCCACCACCUCCAGCCUGGGCUCCACCUCCUCCCUCAGCUUCACCGACCUGUACCUGGAGCAGCCCGAGCUGGCAGACCCGGACUUCCAGAACAAGCUGGACAGCCUCCUGCAGGAGGGCGGCCAGGGAGGCUACCGGCCCUCCAGCUCCAUCACCACCAUACAUGAACACGAAGUGGUGACGGGCUGCGGCGUGAGGGACGCUGGGAGGUCUGAGGGCAAAGCAGGCGGGGUGGGAGGAGAUGUGGGGUGUUCUGCUGGAAGAGGUGCAGGAGGAGGCAGUGGUGUCGGAGUGGAGUCCGUGUCGUCCGGUGUCCAGGUGCACAAACUGUCAGAAACCCCUCGCUCCAUGAGCUCUUUAUCUCCGCGGUCGUCUCUUUCUUCGCUGUCUCCGCCGUGCUCGCCGCUGGUCACGGACACUAAUUUCCUGUCUGGAGAGACAUUUGCAGGACAGACGGGGCCUGGCGGGUUGAGCCUGGAUCUGGAGCUCCACAGCAGGCUAGCAGAACUGGAGCUCCACUUGGACUCUCAGGAGCAGCGGCAGGAGGAACACGGGGGUCCUGGAGGCCUGGAGGAGAAGCACAACCACAACAACGCACUUGGCGAGGUCAAAGACUCUGCUCCCCAGCUGCGAGCGACGGGGGCGGGGCCAAAGAAGAUGGGCGUGACCUCAGCCGUGUCUGACGAGUCAGUGGCUGGUGAUAGCGGUGUGUACGAGCCUUCAGAGCGCAGGCCGGGCCUCCCUGCAGACCUCCUGGGCUCCUACGAGGAGAGGUUGGCCCUGGGCUGCUCUCAGGUGCAGCUCUGCUUCCGCUACGAGUCCAGAGACCAACGCUUCACCAUCUACGUCAUGCAGCUGUCCAACUGCAGCGCCCUCUGUCUGCCGGCUGACCAGAAAAUGUAUGUGCGUUCGGCGGUGCUGCCCUGCGUGGAGGCCACCCGCUGCCUCUUCCGAACACGGGGCUGUCUGCCUCAGGACGUCGUGGAGGUCAACGAGGUGUUCAGCAUGCAGAUAUCCCACUGUGCACUGCGGCAGAAGACACUGAGGGUCGACAUCUGCAACACCAGCAAGUCGGGCCAUGAAGAGUGUCUGGCGGGAGCCCAGAUCAGCCUGGCUGAUGUCAGCUGUUCGGAGGAGAGGUGCACCAAGUGGUACAACCUGCUGAGCCGCGCCUACAUGCCCGAGAUACACAACAAGGACAAAGAGAGACGAGCAGCCGGCGGCUCUGACAGGACUUGUGUUUCCAGCAGCGACAGAGUCGGAGCUCCUGAGGACGAUGAGUGGCAUGGCGACCCUCUGGAGGCUGAUAUGUUUGAUGAAGAAGGAAAUGGCGUGGAGCCUCUGGAGGAAGAGGGCGGGUUUUAUCCUGAGAGCAGCCAAUGGGAAGCAGAGGAGGAAGAGGAGGAGAAGGUGACCAAACCUCCUCGAGCAGCAGCAGGAGCCAUCACAGAAAAGUUGAACAAGGAGACGAGCAUGGACAGCUUGUCGCCAUCCCACCACUGCUCGGUGGUGCGACCUAAGGAACGCCGCCCAGAUGUGCACCAGCAGAACCCCUUUAUGAGAGGGAACACCAUCAUCCGCUCCAAGACCUUCUCCCCUGGACCUCAGAGCCAGUACAUCUGCAGGAUUAACCGCAGUGACAGCGACAGCUCCACCCUCUCCAAGAAGUCUCCGUUUGUCAGAAACGCCUCAGAGAGACGCAGCAUGCGCAUGAAGAAGCCUCCUGUGCAGGUUAAAGGUCUGGACGGACUGCUGCGGACGUCCCUGGACCUGGAGAUGGACCUGCAGUUGUCUCGGACUCGCCAGUCCCGGCUGGCGCAGGAGCUGCGGGUGCUACGGGAGCUGAAGACGCAGCUGGAAAAGGCGAGGCAGCAGGGCCAGAGAGAGCUGCCGGCCUGGGUCCAAGAAGACGAGCGCUUCCGCCUCCUCCUCAAGCAGGCCGAGAAACAGACUCGUGAGGAGCAGCUGCAGGAGAAGCGGGUGGAGAAGAUGAUGAGAGCAGCAGCCAAGGACGUCCACAAGAUCAGGGGCCAGAGCCGCAAAGAGGUUCCUGAGGUCCAGACCUUCAGAGAGAAGAUGGCGUUCUUCACACGAGCAAAGACCAGCAUCCCCGACCUGCCGGCUGACGACGUGUAGAGAAGCAUUUCAAAGUAUUUCCCCCUCCGAGUCUUAACCUGCUGUUCCCAGACAAAUGAAGCAAACGUUUGGCGGUGUUAUGAAGAAUUAAAAAGACGAUAAAAUAUGUUUGGAAAACUCAAAA